AAUAAUAAUUAGUAUAUCAAAUGCGCAUCAUUUCAAAACUGCAGCUUUAUCGUUAUUAUCUGGUUAUUAUCGAUCGCAAUGAUAAAAUGCUGAUCGUCGUGCUGUUGAUAGUGGCGCUUAUCGAAGCGAUUGGCGCCUUUCAACCGGAGUUUGUGGAAAGCAUUUCGAAUGUGUCCGUCGCUGUGGGUCGCGACGCAACCUUCACCUGUCACGUGCGCCACUUGGGUGGCUAUCGCGUGGGCUGGCUUAAAGCCGACACAAAAGCCAUCCAGGCUAUACACGAGAACGUGAUAACGCACAAUCCACGUGUCACGGUCAGCCAUUUGGAUCAGAACACCUGGAAUUUGCACAUCAAGUCCGUUUCCGAGGAGGAUCGGGGCGGUUAUAUGUGCCAGCUGAAUACGGAUCCAAUGAAAAGCCAAAUCGGCUUCCUGGAUGUUGUUAUUCCACCGGACUUUAUCAGCGAGGAUACAUCGUCGGAUGUUAUUGUGCCCGAGGGCAGCUCAGUGCGCUUAACAUGUCGCGCGCGUGGCUAUCCGGAACCCAUUGUGAACUGGCGCCGCGAGGAUGGCAGCGAAAUAGUGCUCAAGGAUAACGCCGGCACCAAGACACUUGUCUCCUCGUUCCGCGGCGAGGUGCUCAAGCUGACAAAAAUCUCACGCAACGAGAUGGGCUCGUAUCUGUGCAUCGCCUCCAAUGGUGUGCCCCCAUCGGUUUCAAAGCGCAUCUCGCUCAGCAUACACUUUCAUCCAGUCAUACAAGUGCCGAAUCAAUUAGUCGGAGCACCGCUUGGCACUGAUGUUCAAAUCGAGUGUCACGUUGAGGCCUCGCCCAAAUCAAUUAACUACUGGAUUAAGGAUACCGGUGAAAUGAUUGUCUCGUCUAUUAAAUACCAUGUGCAGGAGGGUUCGCAGUCGAUGUAUGAGACGAAAAUGUCGAUGAUUGUGCGAAAAUUUCAGAAGGAAGAUGUCGGCUCUUACCGUUGUAUUGCGAAAAACUCGCUGGGCGAAGUUGACAGCAGCAUCCGGUUGUACGAAAUCCCGGGCCCGAAUCGUAAAAAUCCUUCAAAUGGUAAAGGCAGCGGAGGCGCUGGCAACGCUGGCGGCACCACCGACACGGAUGCCAAUGACAUUUUAAAACUGAAACAACAAGUCAAAGUCACCUACCAGCCGGACGACGACGAGCUCUACGGCUCAGCGGAGGAUUUCGAGGAUGGCGAAUUCGCCGGCUCGCCGCCGCUAUCGCCGCACCAUUACUACACCAGCGGCAAUAAGCCACCGACACAUAAGCCCGGCGGCGGUGGCGGCGGCCAUCAGCACCAGCAUCAGCACCACCAUCACACACAGCAGACGCAAUCCGGCGGCACUGCCGGUGGAGGCGCCACCAGCAUCGAGCUGGCAUUUGGCAAUGGCCAUGUCAGCGGGUCUGGCAACACCCGUAAGCCGACCUAUUACGGCGGCGGCGGCGGCAUAGCCGGGGGCGACACGGAACUGCGCGGCCCCAUGGACAACAACGAACGUAGCUCCGGCGGCGCGCCACUUCGCGCCUUCCUGGGCCACUAUCAGCCACACUAUCGCCGCCAAUGGUUGUGGCAUUCGCUCUGGCUGUCCCACUGUCGACAGCCGCUCUUAAUGGGUUUGUCCGGCUUAGUUGCGGCGCUCAGGCUGUUAUAAUACAUGGUGGCAGCACUGCACUAGGUUUACACUCACACACACGCAAACACAAACACACACUCACACAGUUAGUUGAUUUUUUGUUUCAACAGAUGAAACAAGCAUGCCACAUGGCUGCUUUCUUCGCAUUGCUCAGAUUUGGACAGGAUAAAAAGGCUUGCUUUGAGUAACUGCAUAACUGCGUAACACAAACACACACGCACACACACACGCACACGCACACUAUCAGACGUACAAACAUAUAAAUAUAUAUGAAUAUGUAUAUGUUUAUGGGCCUUUUUCAGUUUGCUUAGCUUUGGCUCAAUGACACUAGCUGAUAAUCACAGAUUAAUCUUCAAAUUAAAACAGGUUAGUGGGGUAAAUCAAGCUUAAAGCUUUCUUAAAGUUUCUCUCCUUAAGUUUUCCUUUGUCCUUACCUCAACAUCACAGUUAAUGAUUCAUUUCUUUAAUAAUCUUACAUUUU